ACCGUCCUGACGACAUCCGAUGCGCGAUCAAGCGGGCAUCCCAGAAGGUGAGGACCUGAUGGGGAACAGGGAGGUUUGUGCCAGGAGAUGCUCCCGCAAGCUUAGCCUGGACCCCAAGGAAGCAAUCCCAGCCUUUCCAACCUGCUCCGGGACAAACUGCUGCUCUGGCAGACGAGCCUCGUCCGCCAGGCGGGUCUGCAGAGUGUGACCCAGCAGCGCCCGCACCCUGUGCCCUGCCCUGCCCAGGGGUGUGGGGCCAGCGGUGGCGGCGGCAUCGAGCCUGCUGCUAAUGGGGCUGCUGUGUUCUUUUCAGCAAUGCUUCGUUUGUGGCGAGCGAGGGGCCACCAUCACCUGCACGGAGACGGGCUGUGAACGCAGCUUCCAUCUCCCCUGCGCCUCGGAGGGAGAAUGUGUCACCCAGUUCUUUGGGCGGUACAGGUCCUUCUGCUGGGAGCACCGCCCUCAGCAGGCAGUGCAGGCAGCUCCAGAGCAGGACACCACCUGCACCAUCUGCAUGGACCCUGUGGGGGACAGCAAGUCCUACCACACCAUGGUGUGCCCAGCCUGCAGUCACGCCUGGUUCCACCGGGGCUGCAUCCAGGAACUGGCCAUACACACAGACAAUCACCGCAUCAAGUGCCCCGUCUGCAGAAACAGGGGGGAGUUUCGUUCAGAAAUGUCCAUCAUGGGGAUCCGAGGGAUCCGAGUCCCAGUCAGAGGACCAGCCUGGGAGAACAACAACGCCUCUGCAUCGCUGCAAGAGAGGUGCCGGCGCUGUACUGCCAGGGAAUGCCUUUACCCACAAGGCAGGGAGCAGGCGGAGGGACAGGGGCCCUGGCAGCUGCUCCUGUGCCGCUCCUGCGCUGCCGAAGGCACCCACCGGCGCUGCUCCAACUUGACCAACAGCGCAGGCACCUGGGAGUGCGACAGCUGCGCUGGCGUGGGCACCAGCAGCCAGGCAGCACUGUGGCCAUUACAAGGGAUCCUGGUGACUGACAGUAGAAGACGGGAGAGAGACCGGACGACGAUCCGCCAUCCAGCAGGGGACGGCCCAGAGAAGCCGCUCCCCAUUACAACACCAGGCCCCAAAUACCCAGAGGCAGACCCGAAGACGGCAUCGGAGCAGACGUGCUACAACCCCCAGUGCUCAGAGCAGCAGCGACAGCAGCAGCAGCUCUGCCAGUGGAACAGCACCAGGAACCUCCAGUCGCUCCACGGUGCCCGAAGGCAGACACCCCGCCAGCCAGCGGGGGCGACCCCGGACGAGAAGCCGCUCACCGCUGGAACGUCCAGCCCCAGAUCCCCAGAGCCGGCCCCGAAGACGCCGCAGGAGCAGCCGUGCACCACAAACUGGUGCUGGGAGCAGCAGCAGCACCAGAUCUGCCAGGCGGGCGGCAUCGGGGUCCCCCAGGUCGGCAGAGGAGCGUGUGGAGGAGAAACCCCGGCACUGCUGGGGCAGCGACUCUCCAAGUGCUCGCUGUCGAAGUGCACCAUGUCUGCAAUGAAGCGGAAGGCUCCCGACUCGAGGGAACAAGCAUGCAUGCUGUGUGGCCGGGCAGAUGCUGACCCAAACAUCUGCGGCCCCAAACACAAAAGGAAUGGGCUCUGUGCCCACGCGUUUUGCCUGUAUUUUGUGGAUAGCCUUUCACGGCGUGGAAGCAUGCGCAAACACAUAGAGGGGUACCGUCCUGACGACAUCCGAUGCGCGAUCAAGCGGGCAUCCCAGAAGGUGAGGACCUGA